GCAACGCAACGCCAUCAAAAGGCGACGCAAAGGAGAAAAAGGACCCCGAGCAUUAAAAAAAAAAAAAAAACCUUUUAAACGUUGCGAAGAAAGGGGGAAGGGCCUUUGACCCAUGGCGCCGCGUCGGAUAGGCGUAUUUCUUAAAUUACUAAUACUCCGCCUGAUUUUUUUUUCUCCCGUCGUGAAAGCGGCUGCCUAGAGGAUCGUGGUGGGAGGCUGGGAGCGAGAAGGAGGAGGAGAGACGGGUUUAAGUAAGCUGGUCUCGGCUUAAGCACGACCCGGCUGGAGUUCCUCAGCGGGUCAGGCGGGGCUGCCCGCGGCGGGGGCGAAGCUGUGGCAAUGGCUGGCGGCUCCCUGACCGGAGUCGAGCCUCGGCGCGUGAAGCAGGGCCCGGAUUAGGAAACGCUGAGGAGGCGGAGGCGGCGGCGGCUUCUCCCCUCCUUCUCUCUCUUUUACCUCAACCGACCGUCCUUUCCCCACCCCCGCCGCGAAGAAAGGUCUCCCGCGCCUUCCCCGCCGUCCCCCUUUCCUUCCCUGGCUGGGCGGGGAUGAGGCGGCAGCCCGGCGAAGGAGGCGGUGGCGGAGGAGGUAGCGGCAGCAGCGGAGGAGGAGGAGGAGGCGGUGGAGGUGGUGGUGGUGACAACGACAGCGACGACAGCGACUUGGAGGGGCGGCCCCCUGCCUAGCCCGGCCUCGCUCCUCCUCCCCCGCAGGCUCCCCUCGCCGGGCCUGAAGCGGCGGAGGAUGUCGGAGGAGCCCGACGCGGACAAGAUGAUCAAGGAAACUUCUAUUUUAGAAGAAUACCACAUUAACUGGACUCAGAAGCUGGGAGCUGGAAUCAGUGGCCCAGUAAGAGUCUGCAUGAAAAAAUCAUCUCAAGAACGCUUUGCAUUGAAAAUCCUUCUCGAUCGCCCUAAAGCUAGAAAUGAGGUCCGGCUGCACAUGAUGUGUGCAACACAUCCCAAUAUUGUCCAGAUCAUUGAAGUCUAUGCUAACAGUGUGCAGUUCCCACACGAGUCCAGUCCAAGGGCUCGGCUCCUAAUUGUAAUGGAGAUGAUGGAAGGGGGCGAACUGUUUCACAGAAUCAGCCAACAUCGGCACUUUACUGAGAAGCAAGCAAGCCAAGUAACAAAGCAGAUAGCUUUGGCUUUGCAACACUGUCAUUCUUUAAACAUUGCCCAUCGAGACCUCAAGCCUGAGAACCUUCUUUUCAAGGAUAAUUCUUUGGAUGCCCCGGUGAAACUGUGCGACUUUGGAUUUGCCAAGGUGGACCAAGGUGACCUGAUGACACCGCAGUUCACUCCUUACUACGUUGCACCUCAGGUACUAGAGGCACAAAGAAGGCAUCAGAAAGAGAAAUCUGGUAUCAUCCCUACCUCACCAACACCCUACACUUACAAUAAGAGCUGUGACUUGUGGUCCCUGGGUGUCAUCAUUUACGUGAUGCUGUGCGGCUACCCACCUUUCUACUCCAAGCACCACAGUCGGACAAUUCCCAAGGACAUGCGGAAAAAAAUCAUGACGGGGAGCUUUGAAUUUCCAGAGGAGGAGUGGAGCCAGAUCUCCGAAAUGGCCAAAGACAUUGUGCGCAAGCUGCUGAAGGUGAAGCCAGAGGAAAGACUGACCAUAGAAGGUGUUCUGGACCACCCUUGGCUGAACUCCACGGAGGCUCUCGAUAACAUUUUGCCCUCUGCCCAGUUAAUGAUGGACAAGGCAAUGGUUGCUGGGAUACAGCAGGCACACGCAGAGCAGCUGGCAAAUAUGAGGAUCCAGGAUCUCAAAGUCAGCCUCAAGCCCCUCCACUCUGUCAACAACCCAAUCCUGCGCAAACGGAAGCUGCUGGGAACAAAACCAAAGGACAGCGUAUAUAUCCACGAUCCUGAGAACAGUAGCGAAGACUCCAAUGUCGCCCUGGAAAAGCUCCGCGACGUGAUCGCCCAGUGCAUCCUGCCGCAGGCUGGUAAAGGCGAAAAUGAAGAUGAGAAGCUGAAUGAAGUGGUGCAAGAAGCCUGGAAAUAUAACAGGGAGUGUAAAUUGUUACGAGACACCCUUCAGUCUUUCAGCUGGAAUGGCAGAGGAUUCACAGACAAAGUGGACCGACUAAAACUUGCAGAAAUUGUGAAACAAGUUAUUGAAGAACAGACAAAUUCCCACGACUCUCAAUAGCUGGAGCUGCUUAUUCUUAACAAAAGAAGAACACCCCCCCUUUUUUUUAACCAUUUGAGAUUUAUCCUUUAAAAUGUAAAAAGUAUUUUUAUGUAAAUUAAUAAAUCAUAAUUAUUUCAUUAAAUUUUCAUGCAGCUUGAAAAUUGCUGUAUAGAUGUAGAUAGCGAGAAUCAUUGGUACUGUAAUAUUUUUUUAAAAGCUCGGUUCCUCAAAAUAUAUAUACUUAUAUAUAUUAUAUAUUAUAUAUGAUUUUUAUGUACUGUUUAACACAUGACUCUGUGAAAUGGGGCACAUUAUUAUUGUGUUCUCUUCUUCAAUAACCAGAUGCUGUAGGCUCUCUCCCCCUCCAGCUGCCUUGAUCGAAUGGUUAAGAGCCUCUAUCGGUUAACAUUGUUCUGUUUCUGUCCUUUGCAUUUAGCUCACUAAAUUACUUGAACAAAGCACUGAAGGAUAUGAACAGCAUGAUUGUCUUUUGUAACUUUCUUCCGAGGCAGCCACUUCAGUGGCAAAGAGUUGGCUGUGGAGGACAACCCAACCUCUGGCAAUUGCUAAGGCUUCCCUGUUCCCUGGUCCCCGAGCUGCUUCAAGCUCUUCCCCUUUCUUCUGGCUUCCCAGCGUGAAGCUGAAAAAGGACAGAACCUCACUCUCUAAUCUGGAUAUGUUUGCUUUUUAAACUUUUUUUUAAAAAACAAUUUCAGUUAACAAAGAUCUGUACAUAUUUCUAGUUUUCUAUCUUACAACACUUUUGCUUUUUAAGGCUGGGCUGAUGACAGUUUUAUAGAAUUAUUUUGGUACAAUCACCUGUGCCGUUUAGUAUGUGAAGCGCCAGUUCAAGGCUGCUAGGAGCUGUUGACUUUUCAAAUUAAUGUUUUUCAUAGCUCAUUUACUUCCAGGUCAUUUACACUUGGUUUCCUUAGCCAUAGUGGCUCAUCAUUUGCUGCACACUAUUUUUGUUCUUUUACUGCUAUUUAGCUAAUUGCUCAGUGGGUCUCUCUCCAGUAAUUUUUGUAAGUUAGAACUUGGAACCCUCCCCUGACAGAGAUGCAGCCUCAUUGCAUCACAGCCUCUUUCUUGGUCCUUUCCAACAAUUCCCAGUGAAUAGCAUUAAAUUGUCUCCUCACUGUUAAAUUUUAAGGUGGGUAACGUGUGCUUUUAGGUGAGCUCUUCAGCACUGAUCAUGAAGCAAAGAAAUCUCUACUGGCAGGAAGGAAGAUGGAGGGGCUUGAUACAUCCACAGGCUAUCCUCCUUCAUUUCUGUUCACAACUAAUAGAUUGGAAUACGACAUAAAUACAAGACCACGAUCUGAUGUGGACAUGAAGAGCAUGCACCCAGAAACUAGUAAAGCAGUCCCUCUCUGGGCAUGUCCACAAACUAAGUGUCUCAAGACAAGAGUAGAUCGGCCUUCUCAACUCUUCCUCGCAGCAGGAAGUAUUUUAAUCACUGAUGCCAGGGAGAGAUGGAGGUCUCCAUUCAGAAGAACACUGCCAAAGUGGAAAUGUGGCUUUUGGAUGCUCUUCAAAAGACCUAGGCGAGGUGGGUUUUUACCACCAGCUUGUUGAUAGUUGCCUGGUGGGAAUUUGCUUCUGCAUGGGAACAUCAAGCCAAAAGCUGGUAUUUCUGAUGCUGUUCUUCCAUGAAUGAAAGUAGCAUCUUCCCUUCCAGGAUAUCGCCAGAAGUGGCGUUAUUUUGCUCUGAUAAUUGGCAUCCGUCGUGUUCAAAGUUUUACACAUACCUUUCUUUUGGAGCCACUGUUCCUUCAUUGCCCUCCAUGCAGAGGAUAUUACAGCCACCAACUUGAGCUGCUGUGCUGCAGAAUUAACAACAGUGUUUGUCUUGCCUUUUUUAUAUUUUUUUGCAGAAGUGCUGUGAGAACUUCCAUGCACACACAUGUGCAAAGAGAAGGCUGUUGUGAAAGAAGUGCUCCUUUGAGGUUGUGCUUAACUUCCAGUUGAAAGUGGAGGGAACUGUAAGUGGCUGACGGGCAACAACAGUUCCCAGAAUGCUCUUGUCUUCACCACUCUGGUUACCAGGUUGGCAUCCAGACCAGAUCAGUCACUUAGAACAUUAAGCAAAGAAAAAGUAGAGGAAGGUUAGUAUGACAGUUUGAGGCUGAAGAUCAAAUGCUGUUGUUUCUGUAUUACAAAGGAUUAGUUUUAUGGCCUUAACUAUUUUAAGUGGUUUUUAAAAACAUAUUUUUAAUGCCUCUAUGUCUGCCUACCCUUUUAAUGGAGGUUAAAGGGCUGAAAUCUUUUGACCGGUUUGGGGUUUUAGUACGUGUUUCAUGUUCUGCAUCAUAACAAGGCAAAGCAGAUUCUGGAUAAAAGUCUUGCUUUCAACAGAGGAGUCCCUGGUGAGUGGAUUGCUGAAGAACACUUCCUCUUGUAAACACCAGCAGCCCACUCCGUAGCUCUGUGACCAGUGGUUAAGCGAGCAUAAAACUUCUUGCAUGUGCAUAGUCUGCCAUUUACUUCAGAGGAAUGCUCACACGGAUUUGCUGCCUCUUUCAAAGUAAACUUUCAAAGAGCCCUUUGUGUAUGCCUAGGAAACCUCUGCAUCAUCAUCUGUUUUCUGGGUUGGACCAGUAUCGUGCAGGAAGCAACAUGACGAAAGUAAUGCCAAGUGAGUUGUGUAAACCAGUCUGUUUUUCCACCCUGGGAGUGCUAUUGGGAUAAUGUCUAUAUUGCUGCCUUCCCCAACCUCGUGCUCCCUAGAUUUUUGGACUGAAACUCGCAACACCCUUGACAAUUGGCCACACAGCUGGCUGGUGGGAGUUGCACUCCAAAACCUCUGUUUGGGGAAGGCUGUUAUAGUUAAAUACAUGUGGAAAACAGGAGACUUUCCUGUGGCCAGAAAAGAUCCCAGAUUCAUAGUAGCACCUGCCAAUCAUUGAACUGAAAAUGCAUAUGGAUUUAGUUUUCAUUCCGAUGCAACCUUUUCCACAUUGAUUUUCUCUGCUGGGAUUUUUUUUUUUAAGCAGCACACCUUUAGGAUAAAACUACGGUCUGUUUAUGAUUGGUCAUCCUAUAGAAAUUGGCUCAGAUGAUAACAUGACUGUUUGCUUAUUCAAAAAUGCAGGAACUUGUUCAGGAAAGGGAAUUUGUUCUGAGACUGAAUGGCAGCAUGCAUGCACUUCUUUUUUGGUAUCUCUGUCCCCCUACAUCCAAAUGCUGUAUCACAGAAUCAUGUUUUUUUUCUUCACCAUUGCAGUGUGUCCUUUUGCUUGUACCAUGGUUUUGUUUUCUCUUUUUCAAUCAGUAUUAUAUAAAUGUAAAUAUUAUGCAUUGGUGUACAUAAAUUUUACUAAAACUGA